AUGUUCCACUCGGACAAGCUACCUACGUUUGUUUUAUACCAUUCCGUUGCGUUCGCCGAUGUCGUUGGUGUGGACGACGGAAUACGACCAUUUGUUCUCUUCUUUUGUCUCAGCUGGUUCCAGAAAAAGGAGAAGAAGCAGGAAUCACGACCAGUCUAUGAUGACGAACUUGAGGACGACGAAGAGGAAGAAAAUGCUCUUGAUCCAGUUGCCCUGGCUCCUCCCAGGGUCCAACACGAAGAAAUUGAAUUGAAAACGAUAGCUAGUCAACCACAGCCAGAAGCAGGACCAUCUCGCCUCGCGGUAACUGACCACUUAGAAGCCCAGUCUUCGUAA